AUGAAAUUUGAGACUUAUUGGAAUGACAAAUCCUGUUUCAGACCUGUUGACUUAGACUACUUGCAUAACCAGAAUUUGCUAAAAACAGGAAAUAGGUGUAAUGUAUAUAUACCUCUCUAUCCUUCUCUCUCGCCACCUUACUUCUUCCUACAGAUAAAGCAGAUACUUCACCUUGCUCUGAGAACCAAAACAAUCGCAUUAUUACCAGUGUUGCUGUUCCUGGCUGCUGUGUUGCUUCCAUUAUUUCCUGCAAAUGGACAGGAUCCAGGUUUUGGUGCUUUGUUAACCACCAAAGAAGAAGUCCAAAAAGAGAUUGUAGAUAAACACAAUGACCUAAGGAGAACAGUCUCUCCACCUGCCAGUAACAUGCUGAAGAUGGAAUGGGACAGCAAGGCAGCAACAAAUGCCCAAAAUUGGGCAGACAAGUGCCUUCUCAGACACAGUAGAAGUGAGGAUCGAGUAGUCGGUACAAGGCACUGUGGUGAGAAUCUCUUUAUGUCAAGUAGACCUAUUUCAUGGUCACAUGCAAUCCAAGGUUGGUAUGAUGAGGUCCGUCAUUUUACCUAUGGCGUAGGGAAAAAUCAUCCCAAUGCGGUAGUUGGACAUUACACCCAGGUUGUUUGGUACUCGUCUUACCGUGUUGGAUGUGGAAUUGCCUAUUGUCCUAAUCAAAAAUCACUAAAAUACUACCAAGUUUGCCAAUAUUGUCCUCCUGGUAAUUUUGUUGGCAGAGAACGUACCCCUUACCUAGAAGGAAAACCUUGUGCCAGCUGCCCUAAUCACUGUGACAAUGGACUAUGCACCAAUAGUUGCGAAUAUGACGAUGUCUAUUCUAACUGUAAAGAUUUGGCAAAAAUGAUUGGCUGCAAACGCACUCUCACCAAGAAUAGUUGCAAGGCUGCCUGCCAGUGUCCUGACAAAAUUUAUUAA